CCUCCCAGAGUGCUAGGAUUACAGGCAUGAGCCACCGCGCCUGGCUUUGCAUUGUUCCUUUUAAUCCUUGUUCUAUCCUAAGGUAGAUGUAACUCCAACCAUAUUAUGCAUCAGGAGUCAGUUUCAGAGAAUUACAAGUACAUGUUGGUAAUAAUUAACAGAAAAAAUGGCUUGAAUCACAUUUUUUUGUUGUUGUAUUUCCAUUAUAAGUGCUGUGCUCUUCUAGCACUUGUAGGAUUUUGACAAAGUGUAUCCAGAAGAGCAUGACUAGAGUUAGGGAAGGGUUAAAGUAACUGAGGAUAUUUAGGAGGUACAUGUUUAUUUCAUUUAUUCAACAUAUAUGUUUGUUUAUCAAGCAUCCACUAUGUGGAUGGUAGAUAAACAGUGGUUACAAGACAAACAAGGUCCUCAACUUUCAUGGACCAUUUAUUUCAGUGAGGGGAAAUGGACAAUUAACAAGUACACAAGUAAGAUAUUUUAGAUAGUGAUACAUACUAUCAAGAAAAGGAUAAUUAAGUGUUCAUGGAAAGGCUGUUUGAGGGCUGAGACUUAAAUGACAAGAAGGCAAUAUUUAUAUAUCUAUUAAUAUAUCUGUAGAUAUCUUUAUGUAACAUGACUGGUAAUUAUAUUUAAUAUGAUUAGAAAUAGGCUUCCAGUAAUUAGCAAUGUUUCAAUCCCAGCAGUAUCACUUACACACUAUUUACCCAAACUCUCUGAACUUCAGUUUCUGCAUCUACAAAGUAGAGAUAGCAAGCCUACCUUACAGAGGUAUUAGCAUGGCUAGAUAAGAAGGUAGGCAAAAUCGUCUAACAUUGGUCUAUACCAGGCUCUCACUAGGCACUGAGCGAGAUUUCAUGAAACUCCACAUGAAAAAAGCAUUUCUAACACUUCUUACAGACUAUAAAUGGAAUGACUUCCUUGAGUUAGUGAUUUCUGUAUUGGUGAUGAACAUUUAAGUCCCCAUUUAAGCCUUCAGAUGAUUAUUCUCCCAGUUGUAGAAGACAUUCAUGCAUUAAGUGAGUAAUAAGACAAGUUGACUUGAGGGAGCCGGUCCCUAAUCCAUUGUUGAUAAGCUUACUGUCUGUAGAGGCCCAGUUCACAGCUUGGGAAAUAGACCCAAGCAUCUGUUUUUGAAACAUAAAGGGGUCUUCUGGAAUAGUGGUUUAAAAACCUUUUUAAAGCAACAGUACUCUUUCUUCUAAAGAAAUCUUUUAUUGAAGUCUAAUUUGUAAAAUCUUUUAAAAUUAAUUGGAGCCACCAAGUGUAGUUGAUAACGAGAGGUUGCCUGUUGUAUUGUUCACUUAGUAACUGCUUGCAUUUGUAUAUGCUUUAUAUGCUUACUAAAGUACUCUUUAUUCUUUUAUCAUCAUAACCGCUUGAGGUAAAUCCAUUUUAUAGGCUAGGAAAAUAUUUAACUUGUCCUGAUCCUACAGUAAUCCUUAAUGGAGUCAGGACUAUAGCCUGAAUCUCUCAGUUCCUAUAUCAGUGGGGUUUUCUUUUAGUACAUGGUACUGCUUUAUUAAUCACUUUAUAGCUUUUAUUUAUUUUUUUCUUUUAUAGGGUUAAUUAUUUAGAUUGCAAAGAAUUUUAACAUUCCUGGGGACUUACUCGAAGGAUCAUUUUCACUCAGGAAGGAUCAUUUCACUCAUUUUACUCAGAAGAAACUCUGAAUAUAUCAAGUAGUUUACAGAAGUCCUUUGUGUGGGUUAAAUAUAUAGAUGUUUUCAUGAAGAGGAGUGAAAAGCCAGAGGGAUAUAGACAAAUGAGGCCUAAGACUUUUCCUGCCAGUAACUACACUGGCAGUAGCCGGCAAAUGUUGCAAGAAAUUCGGGAAUCCCUUAGGAAUUUAUCCAAACCAUCUGAUGCUGCUAAGGCUGAACAUAACAUGAGUAAAAUGUCAACUGAAGAUCCUCGACAAGUCCGAAAUCCACCCAAAUUUGGGACGCAUCAUAAAGCCUUGCAGGAAAUUCGAAACUCUCUACUACCAUUUGCAAAUGAAACAAAUUCUUCCUCCCGGAGUACUUCAGAAGUUAAUCCACAAAUGCUUCAGGAUUUGCAAGCUGCUGGAUUUGAUGAGGAUAUGGUUAUACAAGCUCUUCAGAAAACUAAUAACAGAAGUAUAGAAGCAGCAAUUGAAUUCAUUAGUAAAAUGAGUUACCAAGAUCCUCGGUGGGAACAGAUGGCUACAGCAGCUGCCAGACCUAUUAAUGCCAGCAUGAAACCAGGGAGUGUGCAACAAUCAGUUAACCGCAAACAAAGCUGGAAAGGUUCUAAAGAAUCCUUAGUUCCUCAGAGACAUGGCCCACCACUAGGAGAAAGUGUGGCCUAUCAUUCCGAAAGUCCCAACUCGCAGACAGAUGUGGGAAGACCUUUGUCUGGAUCUGGUAUAACAGCAUUUGCUCAAGCUCACCCUAGCAACGGACAAAGAGUAAACCCACCACCACCACCUCAAGUAAGGAGUGUCACUCCUCCGCCACCUCCAAGAGGCCAAACUCCCCCUCCAAGAGGUACAACUCCACCUCCCCCCUCAUGGGAGCCAAACUCUCAAACAAAGCGCUAUUCCGGGAACAUGGAAUAUGUAAUCUCCCGAAUCUCCCCUGUUCCACCUGGGGCAUGGCAGGAGGGCUAUCCUCCACCACCUCUUAACACUUCCCCCAUGAAUCCCCCUAAUCAGGGACAGAGAGGCAUAAGUUCUGUUCCUGUUGGCAGACAACCAAUCAUCAUGCAGAGUUCUAGCAAGUUUAACUUUCCACCAGGGAGACCUGGAAUUCAGAAUGGUAGUGGUCAGACUGAGUUUAUGAUACACCAAAAUGUUGUUCCUGCUGGCACUGUGAAUCGCCAGCCACCCCCUCCAUAUCCUCUGACCCCAACUAAUGGACAAAGCCCUUCUGCUCUACAAACAGGGGGAUCUGCUGCUCCUUCAUCAUAUACAAAUGGAAAUAUUCCUCAGUCUAUGAUGGUGCCAAACAGAAAUAGUCAUAACAUGGAACUAUAUAACAUUAAUGUACCUGGACUGCAAACAAAUUGGCCUCAGUCAUCUUCUGCUCCAGCCCAGUCAUCCCCGAGUGGUGGGCAUGAAAUCCCUACAUGGCAACCUAACAUACCAGUGAGGUCAAAUUCUUUUAAUAACCCAUUAGGAAAUAGAGCAAGUCACUCUGCUAAUUCUCAGCCCUCAGCUACAACAGUCACUGCAAUUACACCAGCUCCUAUUCAACAGCCUGUGAAAAGCAUGCGUGUAUUAAAACCAGAGCUGCAGACUGCUUUAGCACCUACACACCCUUCUUGGAUACCACAACCAACUCAAACUGUUCAACCCAGUCCUUUUUCUGAGGGUACCACUUCAAAUAUGACUGUUAUGCCACCUGUUGCUGAAGCUCCAAACUAUCAAGGUCCACCACCACCUUAUCCAAAACACCUGCUACACCAAAAUUCAUCUGUUCCUCCAUAUGAAUCAAUCAAUAAAUCUAGCAAAGAGGAUCAGCCUAGCUUGCCCAAGGAAGAUGAAGGUGAAAAGAGUUAUGAAAAUGUUGAUAGUGGGGACAAAGAAAAGAAACAGAUUACAACUUCACCUAUUACCGUUAGGAAAAACAAGAAAGAUGAAGAUCGAAGAGAAUCUCGUAUUCAAAGUUAUUCUCCUCAGGCAUUUAAAUUCUUUAUGGAGCAACAUGUAGAAAAUGUACUCAAAUCUCAUCAACAACGUCUACAUCGUAAAAAACAGUUAGAGAAUGAAAUGAUGCGGGUUGGAUUAUCUCAAGAUGCCCAGGAUCAAAUGAGAAAGAUGCUUUGCCAGAAAGAGUCUAAUUACAUCCGUCUUAAAAGGGCUAAAAUGGACAAGUCUAUGUUUGUAAAGAUAAAGACACUAGGAAUAGGAGCAUUUGGUGAAGUCUGUCUAGCAAGAAAAGUAGAUACCAAGGCUUUGUAUGCAACAAAAACUCUUCGAAAGAAAGAUGUUCUGCUUCGCAAUCAAGUCGCUCAUGUUAAAGCUGAAAGAGAUAUCCUGGCUGAAGCUGACAAUGAAUGGGUAGUUCGUCUAUAUUAUUCAUUCCAAGAUAAGGACAAUUUGUACUUUGUAAUGGAUUACAUUCCCGGGGGUGAUAUGAUGAGCCUAUUGAUUAGAAUGGGCAUCUUUCCAGAAAAUCUGGCACGAUUCUACAUAGCAGAACUUACCUGUGCAGUUGAAAGUGUUCAUAAAAUGGGUUUUAUUCAUAGAGAUAUUAAACCUGAUAACAUUUUGAUUGAUCGUGAUGGUCAUAUUAAAUUGACUGACUUCGGCCUCUGCACUGGCUUCAGAUGGACACAUGAUUCUAAAUACUAUCAAAGUGGUGACCAUCCACGGCAAGAUAGCAUGGAUUUCAGUAAUGAAUGGGGUGAUCCCUCAAACUGUCGAUGUGGAGAUAGACUGAAGCCACUAGAGCGGAGAGCUGCGCGCCAGCACCAGCGAUGUCUAGCACAUUCUUUGGUUGGGACUCCCAAUUAUAUUGCACCUGAAGUGUUGCUACGAACAGGAUACACACAGUUAUGUGAUUGGUGGAGUGUUGGUGUUAUUCUUUUUGAAAUGUUGGUGGGACAGCCUCCUUUCUUGGCACAAACACCAUUAGAAACACAGAUGAAGGUUAUCAACUGGCAAACAUCUCUUCACAUUCCACCGCAAGCUAAACUGAGUCCUGAAGCUUCUGAUCUUAUUAUUAAACUUUGCCGAGGACCAGAGGAUCGCUUAGGCAAGAAUGGUGCUGAUGAAAUAAAAGCUCAUCCAUUUUUUAAGACAAUUGAUUUCUCUAGUGACCUGAGACAGCAGUCUGCUUCAUACAUUCCUAAAAUCACACACCCAACAGAUACGUCAAAUUUUGAUCCUGUUGAUCCUGAUAAGUUAUGGAGUGAUGAUAAUGAGGAAGAAAACGUAAAUGACACUCUCAACGGAUGGUAUAAAAAUGGAAAGCAUCCUGAACAUGCUUUCUAUGAAUUUACCUUUCGAAGAUUUUUUGAUGACAACGGCUACCCAUAUAAUUAUCCAAAGCCUAUUGAAUAUGAAUACAUUAAUUCACAAGGCUCCGAGCAACUGUCAGAUGAAGAUGAUCAACACACAGGCUCAGAGAUCAAAAAUCGAGAUCUAGUAUAUGUUUAACUCGCUAGUAAGUAAUUGUAGUAAGGAUUUG